AUGGACAAACCACUCCGGGCACCAGUCCCACCUCUGCUGCCGCAGAUUGCCUCUCACCCCGGCAUCAUGGCAAUAGAUAUUACGGACAAGUUUGCGGCCGCCGUCAAGAAAUUGGCGCCUGGCGAGCUCAUUAAAGAUGGCCACUUUACGCUAUUCGAGUCCGUCUCAGCUCUCGAGAUCAUGGACCCAAAGAUGGACAGUGGCUGUCUUUCCGAAGGUGAAUCUCUCGACGAGGAGUAUGACGUAACCAAGAAUCUGUUACCAGAAGAGAUUCUGGGUAUAAUUGAUCAGCUACUCUGCCUAGAGAUGGCUUGGCAUCUUGGCUAUCCAUUGUCUCAAACACUCUUUACCAGUGUUCACCUCGAGACCCUUAUGCAGCCUACGCCAGUAUGCCUAGAUGAAGCCAAUUUCGACAGAGAUUCAGAUGAGUGGAGGAGGCAGUCGCCAUUUCUGUUUGUUCUCCGAGCUUACGGCAUAGCCCUGCUCAAGGGAUGUUAUUACGUCAAUGAGCUUGUAAAAGACGAACUCUACUAUGAGGAAGAGGAUUUCGUGACAAACACAUAUGACCGCGACCUCUUAACAAAUAUAUCCCUAGAGGACGUCAACGAGCUGCUACGCAGUACUCGGGCCGACCUUCGGGCCAUGAGCAACCAACUGUCUAAGGAAGUACGCGAGGCUCUGGACCUUCGUCUCGAGUUCAGAGUGGCAUUCCUGCGCGCCAUGGAACUUGUCGGCAUUCACAAGGCAAAUCCUGAAUCACUAAAAACCCCUUGGAUCAUGAUGGGUGGGGUUCUGGAGCAUCUCAGGAAACAGCACUCGCUUGGUACUCCCGUGCCAGAAGCUUUCAGCACAAAGAUGCAACGGCGUCUGGCCAGCACAAUGCCCCCACGGCCCAUUGUUCAGCUUACCUUCGAGGAUACUUGCGACCACUUUAAGCGUAUGGCUGAGGACGGCAAAGAAGCAAUGGACAUAUUGAGAUAUUCCGACCCCCAGAGUCUCAUGACAUUUGUUUCCUCUUUUCAAGCUAGGAAACCACAACCAUUGGUAAUCAUCAGAACAUUGAUGCAAAGUCUCAUGUUUAAAGAGAUGAUCGUCUUGGGUUCAUAUAGUAUCCGUCACAUUUUAGACCAUGAUCUCUCGAUCGUGUGUCUGCCCAAUGCGCCACAGAUUGACCCUGUCAACGACACGAUAGAAGUGCCAAUGGAUCCUCGCCACCAGACAGCCGCCCAGAUGGAAAUAUUUCGUCAACGAGUGGCCGACUGCUAUCUUGACAUAUAUCGGAUAUUCUGCCAGAACAGAUGUCGUGUCAGGCGGACCCUGUGCCACAGUAUACAGGAAUGGGAUCUCCUCCAAGCCGAUGUUGAAGAGAUCGAUACUUUGCUCCAACACACAUUGGACGAGCAAAUGCAUACAUCGCAGAAUGGACCCGUUGGCUAUUCACUCCCGCUCUCCUCAUGGGCGUACCUUUACAAGUUACGACAAAUGGAAUGGAUCGUCCAGCUUGGGUUUGAGCUAUCCGUUUAUCAGCUUGACGAACUUGCCGGCAUGUACUGGUACCUCAACUACGUCGCCAAGACUCGAGCACAACAUGGCGACCGAAUCAAGACCUUUGUUAUGCGAUCCAUGUUCGAGGCUAGAAACGCCACCAAGACUUAUAGCCCCGCCAAGGAGGAAAAGUACAUGAAGUCCAUGUCCUAUAUUCGGGUGACCAUGCUCGAUGCAGCAUGCACAUGGGAGUUCGCCGACGGGCUCUGCUGUCUUUACACUGUAUUGCAGCGUCUGAAGCUGAUCAAGCCUCCGCCACGGCCAUACAGUGAUGAUCUUCUCCGAUACGAGAUCCGCAUGAAACCUUUUGUCAACAUUGGGCUACCCCAGCUGCCAUCCUUUGAUGACUUUACAAAGGCCACACUGCAGCCUGAGACGUCGAUUCCUGACCUGCUCAAAUAUGCCGACGGCGCCGUGGGCGGAGCAAAGAAGGGAUAUGAGGCCUUGAGUCGGAUGCAAGAGCAGAACACAUUCUCAGUCGGAUGCCACGACAGGUGGCUUGCAAAUGUCAAGAACUGCCAGAAAGCUACCAUCUUUGCCGGCAUUGCUGUGAAUAUGUUGCAGAAGACGAUAGAGAAAUUUGGCGAUGGCCUAGACGGUGAGCAGAUGGGGCUGCACGUCGAAAUGCCAGAAGAGGGCAAGGGAUAUCACGACUGGUGGAUUGUUCCCAAAAUUGUAUCAACCGCAUCAUCGUCAGCGUAA